AUGGUUGAGACACAUUUUCAAGUAUAUGGAAUAAUUAAGAAUUAUACUUUUUGGUAUCACCAUGGAGAACGUUUGGGUGAGCCAUUGUCAGAAUCUGAAUCCGAAUUUGAAUUUACAUUUGGAGAUGGUGUUGAAGUAGAAGAAUGUGAGAGUGAGGAUGAAGUAGAAGAACUGUUGAGAGAUUUAUAUCCUAAUCUUGAUGGAGGAACUACACACGCUGAUGGUGAUGAUUUACUUGAGGAGGAACCAAAUGUUGAAGCAAAAAGAUUUUACAGCCUAUUGAAGGAUUUCGAGCAGCCACUAUAUCAAAAUUCCAAAGCUUCAAAGCUUUCCUUGUUGAUUAAAUUGCUUCACAUCAAAAGUAUGGGUCGUUGGAGUAAUGCUUCAUUUACAAUGUUAUUGAAAAUGUUGAAAGAUGAGUUGUUGCCUGAUGGCGCUAAUUUGCCAAACUCAUAUUAUGAGGCAAAGAAGAUAAUCAAAGAACUCGGCCUUUCUUAUAACAAGAUUGAUGCUUGUACUAAUGAUUGCAUGUUAUACUGGAAGGAGGAUAGCCAACUUGAUUCUUCCAAAGUUUGUGGGGCAUCUAGAUGGAAGAUAGAUACAAAUAGCGGGGAAACAAGGAAUAAAAAAGGAAAAAGGAUAGCAUUAAAGAGCUUACGCUAUUUUCCUUUAAAGCCUAGACUUCAAAGGUUGUUUAUGUCUACAAAGACAUCUACUCUUAUGACAUGGCAUAAGGAUAAAAGAGUUGAUGAUGGAAUAAUGAGGCACCCAACUGAUUCAAUGGCAUGGAAGUCAUUUGAUGAACUUCAUCCUUCAUUUGCUGUCGAGCCUCGUAAUGUUCGACUUGGACUUGCUAGUGAUGGAUUUCAGCCAUUCCGAAAUUCAAAAAUCUCACAUAGCAUUUGGCCUGUGGUUCUUAUUCCUUAUAAUUUACCUCCUUGGUUGUGCAUGAAACAAGAAAAUUUUAUUUCGUCAAUGCUUUUUCCUGGUCCAAAUGGCCCAGGAGAUGCAAUUGAUACAUAUCUUCAGCCUUUAAUAAAGGAAUUAAAGGAAUUGUGGGAGGUUGGUAUUGAGACCUAUGAUGCGUCAGCUAAAAAGAAUUUUAAGUUGCAUGCUUCUUUGUUGUGGACCAUCAAUGACUUUCCAGCAUAUGGAAAUUUAUCUGGAUGGAGUACAAAAGGAAUAUUGGCAUGUCCAUGUUGCAAUAAAGACACUUCAUCAACUCGAUUGUCUAAUGGAUCUUUAAGGGCUACAAUUAUCAAAGGAUCCAAAGAAAAGGAAGAAGAUAUCACAUUCAAAUCGAAAGGAUAA